GGGGAGGGGCGGGGCGGCGCGCGCCGCGCCCAGGGCUCUCGGAGACCCGGGGGGCGCGUGCCGCGGCGUGAGGAGAGGCGCGGGGCGGUGCGACGGGGCCCCUCCCCCUUGCAGCCUGGCGCGCGCCGGCCGGGCCGCACCGCUGCGGGCUCCGCGCGCGCGGGCCAUGUCCGCCUUCUGCCUGGGCUUGGCUGGCCGCGCUUCAGCACCCGCCGAGCCGGACAGCGCCUGCUGCAUGGAGCUGCCCGCCGCGGCCGCGGACGCAGUCGGGAAUCCAGCCACAGCCGCCGCCGCCGCCCUUGUCUCCUUCCCCGGGGGCCCCGGGGAGCUGGAACUGGCGUUAGAGGAGGAACUGGCGCUGCUGGCGGCCGGGGAACGGCCGUCCGACCCCGGAGAGCAUCCUCAGGCCGAGCCCGGGCCUCCAGCCGUGGGGGCCGAACUGCAGCCGCCGCCCGCCCAGGAUCCCGAGCUGCUGUCGGUGAUCCGGCAGAAGGAGAAGGAUCUGGUCUUGGCGGCCCGACUGGGCAAGGCACUGCUCGAGAGGAACCAGGACAUGAGCCGGCAGUACGAGCAGAUGCAUAAGGAGCUGACAGAUAAGCUGGAGCACUUAGAGCAAGAGAAACACGAACUAAGAAGACGAUUUGAGAACCGAGAAGGGGAGUGGGAAGGGCGUGUGUCCGAGCUGGAGAGUGAUGUGAAACAGCUUCAGGAUGAGUUGGAGAGGCAGCAGGUUCAUCUACGGGAAGCAGAUCGAGAAAAAACACGGGCUGUCCAGGAAUUAUCAGAACAGAACCAAAGGUUAUUGGAUCAACUCAGCAGGGCAUCAGAAGUUGAGAGACAGCUAUCCAUGCAAGUCCAUGCCCUCAGAGAAGACUUUCGGGAGAAAAACUCAUCAACCAACCAGCACAUCAUCCGACUCGAAAGCCUUCAGGCCGAGAUCAAGAUGCUGUCGGAUCGGAAACGGGAGCUGGAGCACCGUCUCAGUGCCACCUUAGAGGAGAAUGACCUGCUCCAAGGGACUGUGGAGGAGCUACAGGACCGGGUGCUGAUCCUGGAGAGGCAGGGCCAUGACAAAGACCUCCAGCUGCAUCAGAGCCAGCUGGAGCUCCAGGAGGUACGGCUCUCCUACCGACAGCUGCAGGUGAAGGUGGAGGAGCUCACCGAGGAGAGGAGUCUGCAGAGCUCUGCAGCCACCAGCACGUCCCUCCUGUCUGAAAUAGAGCAGAGCAUGGAGGCCGAGGAGCUGGAGCAGGAGAGAGAGCAGCUGAGACUGCAGCUCUGGGAAGCCUACUGCCAGGUUCGCUAUCUCUGCUCACACCUUCGAGGAAAUGACAGCGCUGACUCGGCCGUCUCCACGGACUCCUCAAUGGAUGAGUCUUCAGAAACGUCGUCUGCCAAGGAUGUACCAGCAGGCAGCUUGCGCACUGCUCUCAGCGAGCUCAAGAGACUGAUACAGAGCAUUGUGGAUGGCAUGGAGCCCACGAGCUCCCGGAGAAUUGAUGAUGACUCCUUAGAAGAACAGAUAAGGCAGACCAGUGAGGAUUCGAGAGCCCUAAGGGAACUCAUGGAGGGAGAGAGGGGUAAACUGAGGCAAGGCCUAGAAGAGCUGCAGCGGCUCCACAGUCAGGUGACACUGCUGAGUGUGGAGAUGACUGCGUUGAAGGAGGAGAGAGACCGACUCAGAAUGACAUCUGAGGACAAGGAACCAAAGGAGCAGCUUCAGAAGGCCAUCAGGGACCGGGAUGAGGCCAUUGCAAAGAAGAACGCUGUGGAGCUGGAACUCGCCAAGUGCAAGAUGGACAUGAUGUCUCUGAACAGCCAGCUACUGGAUGCCAUUCAGCAGAAACUGAACCUCUCGCAGCAGCUUGAGGCUUGGCAGGAUGACAUGCACAGGGUCAUUGACCGACAGCUGAUGGACACGCACCUGAAGGAACAGAGCCGGCCUGCUGCUGCCCUCUCCAGGGCCCACGGCUCGGGGCGUGGCGAUGAGCCCAGCACCGCUGAAGGCAAACGGCUCUUCUCAUUCUUCAGGAAAAUUUAAACUGGGAGGAGUCAGGCCAGCAAGGAUGGGCGCACUGGAGGCGACUGAAAAGGGGGCACGGGCCGGGGCCCAGCGCACCAUGUG